UCUUGUAAUAAACAGAAAAAGGAGUAUUGACUAAGUAGUGUAACAAGUAGUAAUACUGUAAUAAAACAGUGACAGAGUAAACUAAACAAUGAUAAAUAAUUAAAAGUUAAAACAGCUUUUAAAUUUAAUGAAACUGGAAAUAUGAAUGACAUGUCAUUGUAAUGACAGAUGUAUGUUGAUCAUUCAUACGUAAUAUUAGGCCCGUGUUUAUCGUUCAUAUUUAUAACAACAAUAUUUAAAUUAGGACGAUCUUGACUUUUCGUAGUGUAAACUAUUUGUUUUAUUGUACUAUACAAUAAAGUAAAAUUUGCGAUUAUUGUUGAUUUUCACAUAAACAUCUUGUUAUAAAGGAUUACGUAUUAUUCCUUAUAUCUCUUUUUCAAAAUGGGAUUGUCACUUUGCUUGCAAUGUUUCAAGGGUUCGUCAUCAGAUGAAUAUUCAAAUCCUGAUCCUGCGGUAAGGAGACAGCAAUUGGCUGCUGCAGCAGAACAGAGAAAAAAAGAAGCAGAGGCUCGUGGAAUUAAAGACCCUGAGAAAGUUAAACGACAGCAGCAAAGACAGGAAGCAGUAGAUGCAGCUAUGGAACAAAAAGGUAGAGAAGAAGGAAACUUGCAAUGGCAAGUGGGUUAAGGUCAUGCUCCAGUUUUGCGAAAGUGUUGACAGUUUCUGUGUUUUACGUAAGCCAGAUUUGACUACACGUGAACAUCAGCCAGAUUUGACUACCUGUACGUGCACAUACUUGUUUGAAAUUGUGUCAAUUCAGGUGUUGUUGUUGGUUAAUUAUAUGAAAAGUAUUAGUAAUUUAUAAUAUAUUUGAUAUUAAACAGUUACAGAACUAAUUAAUGAAAACAUAGUUACAUUUUGAAAAAUACCUAUUACAAGGAAAUAUUGAAUUUUCAAUAAUUGGGUAUCUACACACACACACACACACACACACAUAUAUAUAUAUAUAUAUAUAUAGUAGUAAUUUGUUUGUUAUAUUACUGUACUUUUUAAAUUCUUUGCAGACAUAAAGCUGAUUGUUUUUAUAGUGUAAUCUAGAAAUAGGUGUGUCUUAGGUUUAUGUUAACUCUUUAAUGUAUGCAAGGUAUCUAGUGUAAUGAGAUUAUGACAAGGAAAUUGUUCUUGUUAAUUCAAAUUACUGGUUUGAUCAAAUAUUGAAUUCAGUGCUGUCACCUGUUUCUGUUCUGGAUAUUAUGUGUAUCAGGGUUAAGAUGUGCUUUAACUAUAUAUAAAAUGUAAAGUGAAUUAAAGAAAUAAAUAAUAACAAUGCAAAACUUUCAAGUUGAGAAAUAUUGUGUAAAAUGGUAUUUUUGUAAUUGUAUGCUUUAUUAAUAGUUGUAAUGUAAGUAAUUUGGAACAAGCAGUAGGAAUAGCCUUGCAACUAGAUGCACUUCUAAUGAACAGUAUUGUGGUAUAUGUACAUAGAAAAUUUAUUAGAAACUACUUGAAAAUAUUGCUUUUUUUUUCUCUCUACUUUAUUUAAUGAAGGAUGUUCUAUUGUUUAUAAGAAAACUUGUUUGAAAAUAGAAUUUUUCAACAGAAACUUUGCAAACAUUUCAGCUGUCAGCUUUAAUGUUCAACUUGCAUUGUCCUUCAGUUGUGUUGAAGUUUGGCAACCUUUUCAAUAACUAACUUUCUGGAAUUCUUUAUUUGACAUAAUUUAUAGUUUUAUAUAUUAGUUUGCCUGAUUCCCAGCUUAUUUUAUGAUCAAAUAAUCUUAUUUGUAGAAAAACAGCAGUGUUUGUUUGACCAUUUUUAAUAUCUUUUUUGUGCUCCAUGAUUCUAGUAUGCAAAUUUCUAUCCAUAUCACCAAUAUAAUACUUUAUUACCUACUUGGAAGGGGUGUAUAUAGACAGCCUGUUCUUUAGUUUGAGGUGCAGACUUUUUUGAGGAUAAGAAAUUUUUAAUGGUGUUGGGAUAUUUAUAAACAACUUUGAAAUUGUUCAUUUUUAGGCAUCUCUCUAAACCCAUAAUAUUAGAAUUUUAGAUAAUAGUAAGUAUUUUAUUUUUACAUGGGGAGGAAUGCUGCUUGCUGGUAUUAUUUCUAAAGAAUGUCUACCUUGCUUUUUCUUGAGCAUUUUUGAUAAAUCCUAUAGGGUACUGCAGUCAUUCAAAAAUUGUAUAGAUAUUUUCAACUUCAUCAUCAAGGGUUGUGUGAUGAUGAAUUCUAUAAGCUCUUAAAAACAUUGAAGUUAUAACUGUUGUAUUAACCACUUCUUAAUGAUGGCACAAGAAAAAGUGACUAUAGCUUGAAGAGUUUGUUAAUCCAAAUGUUGCCAAACUUUGACACAAUUGAAGGUAAGUGUAAGUUGAACCCCUUUCUGAUGUCAUAAGCCGUUCAAGGAAUUGGAACUUCUGUUAUAAAAUAAGCAGUGCAUGUGUUUCUCCCACAAAUAAAUUUUGAACUGAAGAGUACACGUGAAAUGUUGAAAAUAGUAUCCAUAUAAUUUUGAUAUUGUUUCAUCAGUGCUGAUUUCAACUUUAUUGGAAAGUUAUCUUGUAAAACAUUAAUUUCUCUCUUUUUUUUCAAGGAGUCAGUCAUAAUACGUUAAAUAUUUUACAGGGAUUUGAGUAACUAAAUUUUUCCAGUACAUGUUAUAAUUAUGACUCAAACACCUAAUAAACUCUUGUCAAAAUGUAGCACCUACCUACACCUAUGUGUUUAAACAUGUAUAAAAACUGAAGAAAGGAAUUUGAGAUCAUUUCACUUGACUCUGAGACCUGUAUGAAGGCAUGCUCUGAAGAAAAAUAAUUUUUCAAAACAAAACUUUGUCAAGCAUAUUGUAUAGAGACUGUCUGAAAACAAAAAAUCUGCAUCAAAAGUGAUCUGGUUUACUUUCAAAUAGUAAGAAGGAACAAUAUUUCUGUUAAUUGUUAGCUUGGUAGUCCUUAAACCACAGCUUAUAAAGAAAUAGUAUUGUUUGCUUGUAAUCAACUUGUAUACACCAUGUAUCAAACUGAUAGUUGUAAACAUUUUUUUGUGUAAGGUCCUCACGUUAUAGUCAGAAAAGAUGGAAUGUUAUUUUAUUUUCUAGUUGUUGAAGUGCAAUCAUGAAAAGAAGGCAGUAUGUAUGUGGAAAUGGGUUGAUUUAUUCAUUGUUUUGUUUGUGUAUGUACCUCACAGUUACAGAUUAAAGUGAAAUUGGCAGAAAUUGUUGCAUUAUUGUUAGGGAAGAAAUACUAAUGUUUGUACAAGUUUUUGGUUAUCUUCUGCAGGACAUGCUUAAGAAAAUAAAAGAAGAUUAUGAAAGUCAUUUACUAUUUCUCAUUAAAUACAUUAUCUGUUUAUGCAUAAAUUUAUAAUGUAUCAGUUAUAAGUAAAUAUUUUAAUGUUAAAUGUUUAAAGUAUUUUCUCUAUUAUUAUUAAAGUUUCUGGUAGUUAGUAAUUUUACCAUAAAUAUUAUCUGUUUGAUUGGGAUAAAUACAGGAUAAAAAUUCUGAUUGUUUUGGGUACAUUUAUUUAAAGUAACAUAAACACUGUGUAAAUGGUCUGUUUAGCAUUAUAUAAUUUAAAAACAGUUGGUGUUGGUUUGGCAUUACAUAAAACAAAUUAGUAAUGGAGUUAUCUGAAAUUAAAAUGUGAGUUAAGGUAUGAUGCUGGAUAAAUGGUGCCACCACUGUUAGUUUGUGUGACUAGAUCUCUUCACACCAUUUAUUAAAUGAUGGUACAUUCCAUUUUUACAUUUGGGUAUCAUCAUAUCUGAAAAGAUAAAAUUGUUUUUGCUUUUGAAAUAUAACAACCUAAAAGAGAAAAAAAUAUACUGAUAAUGUAUUAAUAAAAUUAAAGGGUGUUUGAUAGUUUAUAGUUAUACAUAUUAUGUUUUUUUUGCAGAUUAUUUCAAUGACAUAACUUUUAACUUAAACUAUUAUUAUCUUACAGUUUAACUCAAGUGCCAAGGAAAAUAAUUUGGCACAAUGGAAAACUUAAUUUUUGAAAACCAUGAUUUGAUAUUAAUUAUACUUGUGGCUUUUUCUCAUUUGUUUAAACAUGCAUUAUAUGUUUGAUGUUCAUUAUUUAGCUGUACUAAUUUUAUUUUUCAAGCCUUGAAGUAUCGUAUGUAAUAUGUUCUGAACUGUGCAUGAUUAUGUGUAAACAGGAUUUAUAUAACUUGAAAUACAAAUUUAACUUCUUCAUGAAAAACAUGCUGCCAUAUUUUGCAUGUGUAUCUAUUCAGAAUAUAUUUUCAUGUUGCCAUUAAAGUAAGUUAUAUUUUCUGUGUAGUACAAAAA